CCGAAGUAAUUUUCAUGUUGUUGACAACUGGCACUGAUUCUUUCUCUCUCGCUCUCUCUCUCUCUCUCUCUGUAACAAGUUGAUACAGAGACUUCUCCGCCUGUUCUUUCUCACUCAGACUAUCGAUCUCUACAUCCGCAUAUACCAUUGUAUCUAAUCCAAUCAUGGCGCUCCGAGCUGCUAUUUCCUCUAGGGUCCUCCUCAAGUCCAGCGCGGCUCUCGGAGUGCGAUCCAUGUCGUCGUCGUCUUGGUGGCGAAGUGUAGACCCGGCUCCGAAAGAUCCAAUCUUAGGGGUCACCGAAGCUUACCUCGCAGAUCCUUGCCCCGACAAAGUCAAUGUCGGAGUAGGAGCUUAUCGUGACGAUAACGGAAAGCCGGUGGUGCUCGAGUGUGUCAGGGAAGCGGAGCGGAGAAUCGCCGGAAGUUUUAACAUGGAAUAUCUUCCCAUGGGAGGAAGCAUUAACAUGAUUGAGGAAUCACUAAAGUUGGCAUAUGGGGAGAAUUCCGACUUGUUAAAAGAGAAACGCAUAGGAGCCAUCCAAUCUUUAUCUGGGACGGGUGCAUGCAGAAUAUUUGCGGAAUUCCAGAAGCGCUUUUGCCCUGAUUCACAAGUUUUUAUUCCUGUUCCUACUUGGUCAAAUCAUCAUAACAUUUGGAGAGAUGCCAAUGUCACUCAAAAGACGUACCGUUAUUACCAUCCAGAAUCAAGAGGGUUGGACUUCACUGGCAUGUUAGAAGAUAUAAAGAGUGCACCAAAUGGAUCAUUCUUUUUACUACAUGCUUGUGCCCAUAAUCCUACUGGGGUUGAUCCAUCAGAGGAACAAUGGAAAGAGAUAUCUCACCAGUUCAAGGUCAAGGGACAUUUUGCCUUCUUUGACAUGGCAUAUCAAGGAUUUGCUAGCGGGAAUACAGAGAAAGAUGCCAAAGCAAUCCGUAUAUUCAUUGAGGAUGGUCAUCCCGUUGGGUGUGCCCAGUCGUAUGCCAAAAACAUGGGACUUUAUGGCCAGAGAGUUGGGUGUUUAAGUGUGGUGUGUGAUGAUGCCAAACAAGCUGUAGCUGUUAAAAGCCAGUUGCAGCAGCUUGCAAGGCCCAUGUACAGUAAUCCGCCCGUCCACGGUGCCCUCAUUGUUUCUACCAUCCUUGGUGACCCAGAAUUGAAGAAGUUGUGGCUCCGGGAAGUAAAGGGGAUGGCAGAUCGCAUCAUAGGAACAAGAGCUGCCCUAAGAGAGAGCCUUGAAAAGUUGGGCUCUCCUUUAUCGUGGGAACAUGUGACAAAUCAGAUUGGCAUGUUCUGCUAUAGUGGAUUGACACCCGAACAAGUUGAUCGCUUGACAAAUGAGUUCCAUAUCUACCUGACCCGAAAUGGUCGUAUUAGUAUGGCAGGAGUUACUUCAGGAAAUGUAGGUUAUUUGGCUAAUGCUAUCCAUGAGGUUACCAAAUCUGGGUAAGGAAGGACUCAACUAUCAGCAUGCAAUACAAUUCAAUAAUUUUAUUAAGAGCCUGUGCCCCUGGCUUGUGGAAUUCUUCUGCUGGACAGGAAAAAAAAACAAAUUUUUUUCAGAACACAAAAAGGGAGCUAGCAGUUGUUGUAACCAUUAAUCAUUGUUGAAUCCAGUGAUUUGUUGUAACCUUAAUCAUCAUUGGUGAAUAAAUCUCAGUUCAACAGAGCCGUACCAGAUUGAUAAUAAAUGAGCGUGUCGUUGUAGAUCUUGUAUUUACAUCUAUCUGUAUAAGCAUUUAACCAAACCUUGGAGACUUUGAAUAGAAGUAUAUCAUUAGACUUUUGCAAACUCUGGUGCAAUCUACAACAGCUCAAAAGUUACAAGCAGAAUGAAUUUGCAGUGUUCGU